UCUGUGUGUGUAUAUCUGUGUGUGUGAGCGCAGAGCGGGGCCGGGCCGGCAGCGGGGGCGGCGCCGCGGGCGUCGGAGCGGAGCGGUGCGGAGCGGUGCGGGCGCGGAGCGGUGCGGCUUACGGAGCGCAGCAUGAGGGCGCGCCCCCCCCGAGCUGCCCCAGCGCCCCCCCGCUAUGGAGGGCUUCGCCGCCCGGAGUUACGGCACGGGAGGGCCGGACAACCGCCCGCUGUUCGGGGAGACCUCGACCAGGGACAGGAUCAUCAAUCUAGUUGUUGGCAGCCUGACGUUCCUGCUGCUUGUAGUCACUCUGAUCAGUGCUUUUGUCUUCCCACAACUACCUCCAAAACCUGUGAAUAUAUUUUUUGCUAUCUGCAUCUUCUUGUGUUGCAUUUCUGCUGGCAUACUUAUCUACUGGUAUCGACAGGGAGACCUGGAACCUAAAUUCAGGAACCUAAUUUACUAUGUAUUGUUCUCUAUUGUCAUGUUAUGUAUAUGUGCCAACCUGUACUUCCAUGAAGUGGGUAAAUGA